AUGAAAAUAUUCAGGACGGAAGAAGGACAGGUAAGAGUGGUCGUUGAGCUGGGUGAGUCUUUCCUGGCUACUUUGAAGCGCCAGGGCUGGCAAUUGAAUGAAGACGGCCAGUCAACCCAUGUGAGCGAGAGUGCCAGGACUACUGUUGAUCCCAGUGGUUUGUAUGAUCCAGACGUUUUGCCACAUCGUACCACUUUAGUGCAGAAGAGCGGUCGCAGAUAUUCCAUAUUUGAGUGUGGUGAUUGUUGGGAGCCAGAGCCUGUGAAAGUGAUCGGAGACAGCCCCAGCCGAGUGAUCACCACCCUCACCGCACUCCCGGUCGACCCCGACUCGCUAGGGAAGGUAGUUGCUGAAGAUGUUGCUGCUGUUCCCAGGUUUCCUCGACCUCGACAAGUUCUCGAUGAAGCUGGACAGUCUGGCGAAGCAGUUCCUGGUGUGGUGGUGGCUGAACCUCAGCAGGAACAGAGAGAGCCGGUUUUGGGUCCAGAGUUGCGUGAGGUUCCGGAUGUUGGAGAAGUUGUGCAUGUUGGUGACAAAACGUUCCGUGAAGCCUCUAGCUUGAAAGACCUUAGAUGGGCGUGCAAGUUUCUUCAAAUUCCUCAGUCCGGGAAGAAAGCCGUGUUGUGGGAUCGCCUGAAGAAGGAGGUUGCCAUGAGUCAGUUGAAAGUGGCAGUGAAGGCGAGCGAUGCAGUGAUUGAAGCAUACACACCGGAUGUACGCCAAGGGCCCCUGCCAGUGAAACCCGAUGCUCAGACAGUGAUGCUACAUGAGCUAACCCAUAUUCCUCGAAUGGACUGGUGCGAGAGUUGCCAGGCAGCACGUUCCAAGGAAGAUGAUCAUCCUGUUGCCGAGCCCAAACGUCAGGUCAACGUGGUGUCCAUGGAUUUCAUGUUCAAUAGGACUGGUGACUCAGCUCCCCAGGAAGAACACCCUUUGACUACGCAGCUGGUUGCUGUGUGCCAUGCGACCAAGUAUGUGAUCUGUGUUCCUCUUGAGUCGAAGUCACCGGAUGCCGCGAAACAUGCAGUAGAAGAGGUAGUGAAGAUGACUUCGGCAUUGGGGUAUGCUGAGUUGGUGCUGCGAGCAGACAGUGAACCGGCGAUGAAGAAGAUGUGUCAGCUGAUUGCUCUUGCUCGCACGAGGUUAGGCUUCAAGACUGAGAUUGAGGAGGCAUUUGUGCCCAAGAAGAAAGUCAAAGGGGUGGUUUGGGAGAAAGCAGUUUACCUGGGCAAGUCGUCAAUAGGCGACCUGAACAUCGUGGCCAAUGCGAGUGGUGUGCACUAUGCCCGAACCAUCCGAAGAGCAGCCCAGGUUUACCAAGCGGAGAUGAUCGUGGCCAUGAAGGGCGUCCCCUGGAAUCCUACGCUGGAUGUGGUGGCUGCCAGGACAAAGAAAGGUGGGCUAGGACGCGUGCCGUUGCUAGCUCCUCCUGCUGUCGGUGAAGUUCCCUCUCCUAUGGAAGUGGCCUCUAGUGAUCCCCCAACUACUCCUCAAGCUUCGCAGUCGGCAGAGUCAAGCCUUUUGGAUGGUAUGCAAGGUCAGGGAUCCAGCUCAGGGUCUUCAGAGUUGAUUCCGGCGGCGAUGCAAGUAGACCAAGUGACCAGAGAUGAGAGCGAAGAGAGCCAGUCGUUUGUCCUACGGCGCAAGUUUGAAUCCAUCGAAAAGGGCCUCGUCAUCACCCAGGAUGUGAAGUACGCAGAGCGGUUGGUAGGCCUCUUGGAGUUAGAGAAGGCGAAUGUGAAGAGGACUCCGAUGCCCCAACAAGUCCCAGAGCCCGGUGUGGGUGAACGUUUGGAUGCUGAAAUGCAUGCUCUCUACCGCAAGUGCAUAGGUUUGCUCUUGUACAUGAGUAGUGAACGCCCAGACUCGCAGUAUGGAUUCCAGCGAUGCAAUCCCGGACGAACGGUGUUUCAGAAGUGGGAAGGUCGAGAUUGUGAACCUGAAGAUUGGGACCCCAAGAAGUACCCGUUUGGGCUAGACCACGUAGUGGAGGUCGUGACCGACGCUGACUGGGGUAGUAAAACCUUCCCGGAGAGACGCUCAAUCUCGGCAUAUGUGAUCCUGAUCAAUGGCAAUGUAUGUCAUUGCGGAAACAAGGUACAGAAAACCAUCAGCCUGUCGUCGGCAGAGAGCGAGCUCAUGGCAUCGCUCCUUGGCGUAACAGAGGCUAUGUUUGUGGCCGAGAUGGUGCGUUUCAUAUGUGGUCCGAACUCUCGUGUGAAACUUGUCCACUACGUGGACAACUCAGCAGCUCGGUCAAUCAUUCAGAAGCAAGGCCUGCAGAGAACGCGACAUGUAAGUUUGGCUUGGCUGUGGAUUCAGCGAUCUCAUCAUGAAGGAGUGUUCGUAACCAAGCCCAUUUCUACGAGGGACGCUCCAGCUGAUCUUCAAACCAAAUCCCACGGUAGGAACAGGCUAAAGUAUUUGAUGAGCUUGAUCGGCAUGAGCUUGGAUGAAGAUGAUGAUGCAGGUCAUGUUCGGGUUCAGCGUGUGAGAGAAAGAGCGACUACCGUUCAGGGUUCCAGCAUCGCGGCAGUGAUGAGGGCAUUGGCCGUUAUUCUUGAAGGAGGUGAAGCCCUUAGCUUUGACCAGGAGCGCGACUUUAGGGGCGUGCAUGUUCCCAGCAUUGUUGUCGUCAUGAUCGUGUUGGGCAUGAUUGGAACGUGGAGUGUAGCGUCCGCCUUUGUCGAAGAAAGUGGAACCUGGACAAUGUGGUUGAUGCUGUUUGUCUUGGUGGCUUCCGUUGGGGCCACAGAGAUCGUAGCAGAUGAUACGGAUGAUGGUGCAGCGAACUUCCUUCAACGACUUUGUGAUCACAGUGGUUUGGCGGCGCUGGUGAUUGCCUUGUGCAUGCUUGUGGUGGUGAUCUACAUGCCCCCGCGACGGUGGAAUCGAGAUCGAGGGCGCGGCUCAGCACAACAACAACCUUGUGAACCGCGGGAUGGUUGCAUGACUUACGACGAUUACAUCCAUGAAAACCUCUUUGAUACUUGGGAUGAAGUGUUUCCGCGAAGUGAUGAUGAUGAAGGAGGUGCCGCAGAAGCUUAUGUCCAGAGCUAUGUGCAUGAGGGUGACGAUGGUGAAGUAGAGGAGGCGGCUCAGGGAGAGAUUCAGGGUUACGUUCACCAUGAUCGUGGCGGUGAACCCCAAAACUUUGACGUAGAGAACCAAGAUCAAGAUCAGAUGCCGCACGAGCCGCACGCAGACAUGGUGUACAUCGUUGGUGAGGCUAAGCGUAAGAAAGGCGAAAAGAACUUCGUCCUUGUAGGCAGUGCCGACCGUGAAGCGCUGAGACUGGGCAGUGAGCCACGCUUUUGGUUACUCAGCCUGUAA